AGAAAGCCCCUGGGGAGAUGGCAGGGGCGGGACUGCCCCUGGGGAGCCGGAGGUAGAAGGGUGGUGGCCUUGGAGGUGGGGGUAUAGGGAGGUAGAGGCUGACUGGGUGGCAUACGCGGUAUUUGCAGAGCGGGAGCAUGAAGCCUAAGGCCAUGUGCGGAGCCACAGAGGUUUACCCUGUGGACAUCCUGGAGGAUGACCCCCAGGCCUAUCAGACUGCAGCGGAGGGUUACUAUGACUUGCUCAGGGAUGGAGGCCAGACUUCAACAGAGGUUUUCUCCCUUCCCACUGGAGAACAGGUCAGACUUGAAUCUUCGUCUCUCUGUUUUUGCAGUAUGUAUUGUGAUGAACCUCAACAUAAAAUACUGGUUCUGGUUAAUCCCCAGGACACAAAGACAGUUGUGGCUGUUUACUUAAAGGAAUCCUGGUGGUCCAUGGAAGACGUCCUAAGAACUUCUGAUCCCACAAGGGAAGGGCUCAUGAAGGUUCAGUCCUUUGGGGAGAGGAUUGUACUUUUUGUUCUCAACACCAUUGUUUUUGGAAGACUGGAGAGAAAUCUGGAUGACGAUGACAUGUUUUUCUUACCUCAUCCUACGAAGGAGCAAGCUAAGAUUAUGUGGAGAGAUGGCGCGGCAGUUGGGUUUUACUCAAUCAAAAGGAAAGGCAGCCUCUGUGGUGGUGGCACCAGUGCAUGUUACCUGCUGCCUGUCUUUGACACCGUGUUUGUGAGGAGGAAGAACCGUUGCCAAGGCUUGGGGACAGCCAUGCUGAGGGACUUCUGUGAUACUUUUCAAGAAGAUGAAGCCCUGGGUAUCAGCUGUCCUAUAUCUCCUGCAAUGUACAAAGUCCUCAGGCAGUUCCUGUUGACCUAUCCAGGUGAGAGAGGGCGCUUGUGGGAGGUGGAGCCCCCAGGAGCCUGGGGCCAGCGUUUCAACAUCUGGCUCAAGGUUUAUCUUCAGGAGGCAAAACUUCAAGAUGGAGUGGAUCACCAGAGAACCAGAAAUGACACAGAAUUACCAAGAAUAUGUCAAAAGAGAGAAGGAAGCUGGGAUGCCCCUGAGACCUUCCUGGCAUGAGAUGGAGGGGAAGGGAGCCAAGAGGACAGUGGCCAUGGCUGGACUGGUUGGCGAGCCAUGGCGGAAGCGUGUGCGGCAAACUCCUCGCCCCUCAGAGGCCCGUCUGACUUCACCAGCAUCUGAUCCUGAAGAUUUAUGUGGCCCUGAAUAAUCUUUGGUCAUGAAGACAGCGUCCAUGGGUCCUGCCUGUCUCUGGCUCCCUUUGUAGGCCCUGGGAGAAGGGAGUCUGAAAAAGUGCUUGGGUAAGCCAAAUACUCGAUGGGAACCACUUUUACAAGCCAACUGUUGGCACAGCCAAGACUUUAGCACAUUCAUUAAAACUACCAUUGCUUCCACUACCCAGAAACAUAUGGUAUAGAGAUGCAUGGGACCCUGUGAAGAGACCCAGGAGUCCAUACCUCUUCCCUUAGUGGGAAUGGGGUCAGAGUGGGCCAUGGCGUCCAUCCGUGUUGC